AUGGCUGUGUUUGAAGACGACGAAAAAAUUGAGGACAAAAUUGAAGAGGAGGUGGACGGUGAAGAUGAUAACGAGGACGACGGCGAAGGAGAAGAAGAUGACGACGGCAGUGAUGAGGAGGAAGAGGAGGACGUAGAACCGGAGAGUGGUAGUCGGGGACCGGCGCAGCCUGUAUUUGGCGACGACGAAGACGACGAGGCUGGAGAAAACGAAGAAGACGAAGACGAUGAUGGCGACGACGACGACGACGAUGAUGAUGACGACGACGAGGAUGGAGAAGAAGACGAAGAGGAGGAUCUGGGCACGGAAUACCUAGUCAAACCAGUUGGUCAUGCUGAAGAUGAGGAAGAUGCUAGUGAUUUUGAACCCCAAGAGAAUGGCGAAGAAGAUUUCGAGGAGGAUGAUGAAGAGGACGAUGGUGGAAAAGUUGAGGCACCACCAAAGAGAAAACGAGCAAGCAAAGAUGACUCUGAUGAUAGUGAUGGUGGAGAGGACGAUGAUAGACCAUCCAAGCGGUAG